AUGACUGGUCGCCGCGCUAAUCUCUCCGGGGAGUCGGCGGCACCUCUCCGAACCAGCGCACAGGUUAAUCCCCCUUGGUAUUUCCUGCUCUGGGACGACAGGGCAGCGUUUUUGCCCUGGAAUCCUCGCGAAAAAGCACCGCUCAAGCCCCCACCGGCGACAUCGUCGGUACUUGCCGCGCCAGCCAAAGCCACAGCAUCACAUCUCGUUCCCCAGCUUCUCGACAACCUCUUGAUUCUCCAUCUCUCCGCAUAUCCAUACCAGGCGGGCACGACGUCGACAUACUUGAAGGACCUCCUCUUCCCUCUUCCAUCAACACUCGCAGCCCUGUAUAUCCCCAGCAUAUACCCGCUCCCGACGCCUCUCGAAUCAUAUUUUCGCCCAACAAACUAUCUCCCCUCCUCGACGAAGUAUAUUACGCAUCCGGCCACGACGACUGCCAUUGAUACAUCGUCGAUUGACUGGGACUACACUUCCGGAGACGAUUGGAUUUAG